UCCAUUUGAUGCACUGCCAUGACUAACUGGUGAGAGGGAGCAGUAUCAAGCAAGGCAUCGAGCCUGCCGGAAAAGGAGCAGAAGAAGAAGAAGCACCGUUGCCUAACAACAAUGGGAAGACUUUAACCCGUGAUAUAACAAAUUUCUCGACUUUUGUAAGGUUCUAACUGGUCAGGACUGGAUGCAGAGACCCCUUAUUUUCUUUGUUCACCAGACUGUUUGUUCAGGCUUGCAACCUCUUGUUAGGCGUCUGCAACUCUUGAAGUUGUCUAGAGCCUUUUCUUUGUCUACAUGCUCUGAGCAUCUACCUUUGCCUGUUCACUCGCUACAUUUUUCCGGGGAAGUCCGCCAGCUUUUCUCGGCAUCUCACAACCGCGGCUUCCUCCAAAACCUUUCUCCCUGGUCCUCCCUGCGCCGGUGUUUCUCCGAGGAGUCAGACAUGUCAGAACAGAGGUUCAUCGUGGAAUAUGCCAAACGCGGCACAGCGGGAUGCAAGAAAUGCAAGGACAAAAUCCAGAAGGGCAUAGUACGCAUAGGCAAAAUUGUACCAAACCCUUUCAGUGAGUCUGCAGGCGAGAUGAAAGAGUGGUACCAUGUGAAGUGCAUUUUUGAGAAGCUGGAAAGGGCGAGAGCCACCACAAAGAAGAUAGAGGACAUCACAGAUCUGGAGGGCUGGGAGGAGCUGCAGGACGAAGACAAGGACCUCAUCAAUAAACAUGUUUCAGACCUGAUGGCUAAAGUUAACGCGAGUCCCAAAAAGAAGGUGCAGGCCAAGAUGAACACCAGCGGUCAGCUGAAGUCUCCCCCCGUCGACCCGUCGGUCAACGCGCCACGCAAGUUCUCAGGCUUCACGGCUGCAAAGGCCGGCACUUCCAGCAGCCCCGGUCCGUCCUCCUCCCCGGCCAAAGCCAGCCAAGGCAGCGCCCUGUCCACCCAGCUCUGCGACCUGCAGCACAAGGACUGCCUCUUCAGAGAGUUCCGCAAGCUCUGCGCCAUGGUGGCGGAAAUCAACAGCUACAACUCCAAGACGCAGAUUAUCGAGAAGUUCCUCAGGAAGGGCUCCGGGGGAGAUAAGUUCCACGGGGAUCUUUACCUGACGGUGAAACUGCUCCUGCCGGGGGUCGUGAAAAGCGUGUACAACCUCAACGACAAGCAGAUCGUAAAACUCUUCAGCCGGAUAUUUAGGUGCAACCAGGACGACAUGGUUCGCGACCUGGAGCAGGGUGACGUGUCCGAGACAGUGAGGAUGUUCUUCGAUGAGAGUAAAUCUUUCCCUCCAGCUGCCAAGAGCCUCCUGACCAUCCAGGAAGUAGACGCGUCCCUGACCCGCCUCGCUCAGCUGACAAAGGAGGACGAGCAGCAGAACGAGCUGGAGGCGAUCGCCAAAAAAUGCACCAGCAAUGACCUGAAAUGCAUCAUUCGACUAAUUAAGCACGACUUGAAGAUGAACGCGGGAGCGAAACACGUGCUGGACGCCGUGGACCCCAACGCUUACGACGCCUUCAAGGCCUCGCGGAAUCUCGGGGACGUGAUCGAGCGCGUGUUGAGGAACCAGCAGGAGGCGUCCAACGGCUCGGGGCCCAGGAAGCUCCUGACGAUAGAGGCGUCGCUGAUGACCCCCGUCCAGCCCAUGCUGGCGGAAGCGUGUAAAUCCAUCGAGUACGCCAUGAAGAAGUGCCCCAACGGGAUGUACUCCGAGAUCAAGUACGACGGAGAGCGCGUGCAGGUCCACAAGAACGGAGACAGCUUCAGCUACUUCAGCCGCAGCCUCAAACCCGUGCUGCCUCACAAAGUGGCCCAUUUCAAAGAGUUCAUCCCUCAGGCUUUCCCUGGAGGCCACAGUAUGAUCCUGGAUGCUGAAGUCCUCCUAAUUGACACAAAGACCAGCAAACCCCUGCCCUUUGGGACCCUGGGUGUACACAAGAAAGCAGCCUUUCAAGAUGCCAAAGUGUGCCUUUUUGUUUUCGACUGUAUCUUCUUCAACGGCGUGAGUCUGAUGGAGAGACCCCUGUGUGAGCGCAGGAAGUUCCUUCAUGACAACAUGGUGGAAGUCCCUAACAGGAUCCUGUUCUCAGAGAUGAAGCACGUCACCAGGGCGCGCGAUCUGGCUGACAUGAUAACACGUGUCAUCAGGGAGGGACUUGAAGGCCUGGUGCUCAAAGACCUAAAGGGAACCUACGAGCCAGGAAAGCGCCACUGGUUGAAGGUAAAGAAGGACUACUUGAAUGAAGGGGCGAUGGCGGACACGGCUGACCUGGUGGUGCUGGGAGCCUUCUACGGGAAAGGAUCUAACGGGGGCAUCAUGUCCAGUUUUCUGAUGGGCUGUUACGACCCGGACUCCAGGAAAUGGUGCACCGUCACCAAGUGCUCCGGAGGCUACGAUGACGCCAUGUUGGCCCGACUCCAGAAGGAGCUGGAUAUGAUCAAAAUCAGCAAGGACCCGAGCAAAAUCCCCGGCUGGUUGAAAAUCAUCAAGAACUAUUAUCCAGAUUUCAUUAUCCGCGAUCCUGAGCAAGCUCCCAUCUGGGAGAUCACCGGCGCCGAGUUUUCCAAAUCAGAGAUGCACACGGCCGACGGCAUCUCCAUCCGCUUUCCCCGCAUGACGCGCGUCCGUGACGACAAGGACUGGAAGAGCGCCACCAACCUGCACCAGCUGAAAGAGCUGUUCCGCAUAUCGAAGGAGAACUCGGACUUCAAAGUGACGGCGGGUCCGUCCGCCAGCAACGAUGACAAGGGCUCGUCGGGAGGGGACAGCGGCGGGAACUCGCCGGCGCCCUCGUCCCAGCGAAGCGCUCCGGCCAAGAAGACGAGCAACAGCACUCCGCCCAAACCCAAGGUGGUGAAAUCCCAGCCUCGCACCCCCGGCUCAGAAGCACCCAGUGCUAAGAAGGUACGUCCAGCACGCCCUGGGUGCAGCAUUUCUCCCAGAGGGAGGAGCAGCCAUGAACCCACUGUUGUGUCUGUUUACCACCAGGUGAAGAAGAGCGAAAACGUUCACAGCAACGGACAGACCAAAACGAAAGCAACCGCUCAAAAGCUGGAGCCGAGGAACGACAAGACGCUGCUGGACAUCUUCAGCGGGGUGAAGCUCUUCCUGCCCGGCUCCGUGCAGGACUUUGACAAACUGAAGCGCUACUUCGUGGCGUACGACGGAGACCUGGUGGAGGACUACGACGCCGCCUCGGCCACGCACACUCUGGCCGAGCCCGAAGAGGACAGCGAGGCCCGGAGAGUGUCACCCAGCUGGAUCUGGGAAUGUAUCCGCAAGAGGCGCAUCGUACCACCCUGUUAAAAAAAAAAAAAAAAAAAAAAAGAAGGAGAGAGAGGACAGAACACGUUUUAUACACUGCAUUUAAACAAUAACUACUUCGACCACUAUUUGGCAAUGUUACAAUACCGAGAGUAUUCUCAGUUACCACAGUAACCUCAGGAUAUUUUUAUUUCUCUGAACAAAUCAGUAUGAAGUACGGAUGCAGUUUUUGCAGGUAGUGACGACAUUUUUUGUUAUGUACUUAAACAUGAUUACGGUGAAUCAUGAAACCCAUUUUCUACCUAGCUUAGAGGACAAAAUUGAGAAGGAACGUGCAGCUUAUUUGAGGCUUUUUAAUGGACACCAGACAAAAACAUCAUGAACCGAAAAACAAGUCUGAACCAGACGCUGAGAAAGAGAAUAAAUAAUCUUCUGAUGUCA